AUGGGCUCAGUCAACAAAGGUCUUCGGCCUUUCCUCACCAGCAAGAGUUUCACCUUAUUGCACAGCCUCACUCCUGUAGUUGUGGUCGACCCUAACGUUGUUUCAAACCACUAUCAUCCUCUCAACCGGAGAGUCCUUGAACGGAUCAGGGCCGAAGAAACGAAUGAACCUCGAUUGAUUAUCACCGCUCUAGCACCGAAGAAGAACGUUUCAAAGAACGCUGUUGUUCGCAAUAAGGCAGUUCGCAGAGUUCGCGAGGCAGUUAUGCUGCGAACGGCCGGGAACGAUUGUCAAAAGGUAAAGAGCAAGAGUACUUUACGCCCGAGAUUUGGGUUGGAACGCGGACCUGACCCGGGGAGACGGUGGCCCGAAUUAUCGGGAGAACAAGUCAGGAGUGGCUCAAAUCAUGGGAAAUCACUGGGAGAUAAAGACGAGAGGGGUACAAGAGUAGCGCAUCAACAUCGACAAGGCCCGUACAUUGCUGGGGGAAAUCGGGCUAGACGACCAGUGAAUGUUUUGACAAGUGGGCAAGGCUUGCAACAAAAAGCUGGCUCUGAAAUAAAUAGUCAAGAUUUCCGAAUGGAAAUCGGGGUCGAGUUGGGCGAUCAGCAGGGACGGGGAAGGGAGAAUAGAAGAAUACGUUUCAAAAAAGGAUUUGAUGAAGGUUCAGAAUUUACAUAG